AAUUGUCCCGCGAGUUUUUGUUUUUCACUUGAAAUAUGUGAUCCCAAGCUGCGUCUUGUUUCUUCGGUCACACAUUAAUUCUGUGAGAAUCAUCCCAACUUUCUUACUCAAUUGAAGCCGCUGUUAUUGAAAGAAAAUGUCCGCUGACAACGACGAGACUCGGCAGAGGUUGAAGGCAGCAGUCCAUUAUGCGGUGGGUCGCAUGUGUCAGAGGACAGGGGAGGACCACCGGAAGGAGUUCGACCGACAAGUCAUCGCAGCGAUAGCCGAGACGACGUUCAGACAAUGCGAUAUAUUUGCUAAGGACCUGGAGGCCUUUGCCAGGCAUGCUAAACGAAGCACGGUGACUUCAGAAGACGUAAAGCUCGUAGCCCGUCGUAGUACUGCACUGUCCAUCUACAUACAAAAUAAAACUGAAGAAUUGAACCAGGAGCAGAGGGAUUUGAAAAAGAAGAAUACUGGGAAGAGGAAGAGCAGAGACACGGAGGAGAGCAGAGAAUAAGGACAAGACACAGGCAGAAGACCUGCAGCGCCUCGCUUGUGCCCAACAUUCAAAUAAACAUUAAAGCUGACUAAUACAUGACAAGUUAAGUGUCAA